AUGUCUUCCAAAAAAUUUAAAUCAAAAUUAAAAGGAACACCAUCACCUCAACCUCCAUCAUCACCAUCUUCUUCAUCAACAUCGUCUUCACCAUCUUCACCAUCAUCAUCACCUUCGCAACCACCAAAGAAUAAUAAUAAUAAGGCAACACCAAGUAAACUAUUACAACAACAACAAAUCAUUAAAAACAACUUAAAGAAUGAUAAACGAGCCAAUACAUUGAUGAAAAAGUCACAGCUCUUUGCCAAGAGUAUAGCUGUGAUUGGUGACCAAGGAUCGUUUCUACACACACUGCUAACGAGUGUACUUAUGCAAUACGAGUGUCGUGUACAUAUGAUAUCAAUCGAGACUGCUGCUACCGAUGCAUCAACCAGGCUCUCUUCGUCAGUCAUCAACCCCUCUGAAUUGAAAGAGGCAGACAACAACGAUCUGUUUGAACAGACAUAUAUCAAUGUCUUUGAUACCAAGUCGACAGAAGAGUUGGCCAAAGUGACAUCGAGACUAGUCGAUAUUAUCGAGGAUAUAGAUUAUGUAAUUGUUUGUUUCGAAUGGACACAAUACAAAGAAAUGUAUAGGAAAUUGGAUAUAGUAUCUACAUGUUGUAGGACUGCAAUUACAAAUAAUAACAACUAUAAUAAUAAUAGUAAUAAUAACAAUAGUAGUGGUGUAGCUGGUGCUACCGCUGCCGCUGAAUCUGGUAACCCAUACAUUGAAAACAAUACAUAUACCAAGAAACCACCAACUAUCAUUGUAUCAUUCCCCAUUGGUAUAGAGGAUGAGGGUGGUUCAAACAAAUCGAUCGAAUCCAUGUUUGAUGGCAUGCCAACCUCUUUUCUCUUUUACUCUGCACUCAUGCAAUGGUUGUUUGUCGGUCCACCAAGAUACAAUGAAGAAAUCGAAUUAAUGAUCAAUGAAGAAAAUGAUCAAGGUUGUUAUUGGUUAGAUUGUGAUGAUUUAAUUAAAGUCAUUGUUGAAAUUUUAUUAUUAAAGACUGAAAAUGCAAAUAGAUUACAUGUAUUGACAGGUAAAGAAUGUUUAACUGGAAAGGAAAUUGCAACUAUACUAUACAAUGAAACAAACAUUAUUGUACAUGAUUAUGGAAAUGUUGUAAACAAACAACUAGCAGAGGUCGAACAGGAACAAGAUGAACAAACGAUUCAAACACAGGCAUCAUUAAUGGAAUUACAAAAACAUUUUUUUAAUUAUUUGCGAUCACCUAUAUCUACGAUUGUAUCACCAGAUAUUGAACUAUUUUUGGGACAACCUACCAUUCUAUCAGAGUUUAUCAGUAAAUGUAGUAAUACACAACUUUUUACUAUAAUCUCUGAAAAGGAAAAAGAAAAUGAAAAAUUAAAAGAAAAGGAAAAUGAAAAAGAAAAAGAAAAGGGAAUUGAAAAGAUAAAAGAAAUUGAAAAGGAAAAGGAAAAGGAAAAGGAAUUAUUAAAUAAUAUCAACACUUGUACAGAUAAAGAAAGUGAGAUCAAUAAUAAUAAUAAUCUUUCACCUUUGGAAAUUUCAACACCCAUUGUACAAUCACCUCAACAAAAAGAAGAUUUAUCAGUUGGUGAUGAUAAAUCUAGUACUUCAUCCUCUUCAAAUAAUCAACCAUCAUCAUCAUCUACACCAUCAUCAACAACGGCGGCAGCAGCCCAAUCAUCAUCAUCAUCAUCAUUUGCAUAUAAAGUAGUUUCAUCACCAUUUACAUUUUUAAAAUAUUCUAAAGCUUUUAUUGAAGAAACAAUAUAUAAACCAGCAAAUAAGAAAAAAGAAGAUAAUAGUGAAACCAAUACAUGGAUAUUAUUAUUAUCAAAUGGAUUCAAGAGAAUGUUGGAAGAUUUACCAUCACCGGACAUUAGUAUUGGAAGUAGCAGGAAUAGAGGAUUGAGUAGUGGAAAUCUAAGCUCAAGUUUUAGUGAAAUGACACCUGAAGAAUAUACUACGCAAAGCACCUACGAGGUGUUGGAUGACUAUCAAUUGACUUGGCAGUUUACAACUUAUGCCCCCAAAGUGUUUCAAAAGAUUCGAUCAUUUUACAAUGUCGAACAUUUUUUAAAAUGCCAUCAAGACAUUGUAGAAUUUAUAGAGGUUACUACCAUUGGCCGCAGUGGAAGCUUUUUUUUCAAAUCAAAAGAUGAAAAAUAUUUUAUCAAAACCAUUCCUCAUAAUGAAUUUUUAACUUUUACUAAAAUAUUUCAAUCUUAUCAUCAACAUAUUGAUAAACAUCCAAAUAGUUUAUUACCAAGAUUUUAUGGAUUAUUUAGAUUAAAAGGUAAAUUACAUGUUGCCAAUUCAAAUGGAAAUGAUGCGUAUAGGGAAAGAGAUAUUGUAUUUGUAAUUAUGGAAAACCUUUUCUACUCGCAUUCGACAAUGCUCGAACUGAGUGAGAAAUACGAUUUAAAGGGAUCGACAGUUGGAAGAUAUGUAGAUAUAGAUGAAUUGGAUUGUACCAACACUGUCCCAACACUCAAAGAUUUGAAUUUGAAAAGGAAAAUUCACAUUGGACCGUGUCGUGUACUUUUACAGACUCAAUUGGAAAUUGACACGGAUUGGAUGCAAAGCCACUAUAUUUGCGAUUACUCUCUGUUGCUUGGUAUCCACGUUUGUAACAAAUCAACUUCACCUUCUGCUCGUCCAGCAUCCUAUUCUCCCUCAUCCUCUUCAUCUAGUAUCAAUGCAGCUGCACAUCAUCAUCAAAGAGAUAUUUCAUUCUUUAAAAAGGAUCUCAACGGAAUUCAAUCUUGUACUUCCAAAACACACAAGAAAUAUAUUACGCUCAUUCCCAUUAAAAAUCUUAAAAGUGGUAAAUCUACUCUACCACAAGAAAAUGGAAAUGGAGGAGGCGAUCCAACACCACCACCAACUGCAAAGAUGGAUACAAUGACAGUUCAUACAUCUGAUCAACCAGGUUAUGAUAUUGCUUCAUCUGGUGAGGAAAGUGGUAAUGAAUUGGAUGAUACCAAAAAACAACAACAUGAAGAUGAAGAAGAUACAGAAUUGAUUUAUUUUAUUGGUUUAAUCGAUACCUUGACAACUUAUGAUAUGAAAAAGAGAGGUGAACAUGCCAUAAAAUCUGUCAUAUUUGAUAGAAAUCAAAUCUCUGCAAUCAGUCCAAAAGAUUAUCGUAGUCGUUUCAUUGCCUAUACAAAUAAUAUUAUCGAUUGA